AUGGAGCUGCUCCGGGUGCUGCUGGCUGCCGCUCUGCUCCCGCUCCUGCCCCUUGGCAGGGCAGCUGUGCCACUGCCUACGCUGACCCGGCCAUUGAGCAUGGUGCUGGCUGGACAGCGCCGGCAGCUGGUGGUGUGCGUGGUGAGAGACCUGGCCCCCAGCUCUGGCCAUGCUGUUUGGAUCUCUGGUGGGAAUGGUAGCAUCCUGCAGUCCUUUGCCUAUGGAGCCUCCCAGGAGGAUGGCGGCACCGUCUGCUCCGUCUCCCUCCUUUCCAGUGACCCCCAGCGCGAGAGGGAACUUGCCUGCCAUGUGGGGGCCAACAGGACCUCCCCGUCCCACAGCUCCAGCCCCAUCCGCAUCACGGGCAACGAGGAGGCAGCAGAGCUGUGUAGCACAGCUGUGUCACCAGCCCCUGCCUUGGCAGUGCUGCUUACGGCUGUCCGUGUGGUGUUGCUGAAAGUCUUGCUCUCUGAUGCUGUUCUCACUUCCCUUCUCCUCGCCCAGAGCUGAGGGCAUGGGCAACUGCCCACACUUCAAGGGUAAGUCCUGGUUUGGUGUAGGGGUGUGGAACUCACUGGAAAUAUUCUGGAGACUAGAGAGGGGACCCCCAAAGGGAGGAGAGAGAAGACCCAGUGUUGGCUGGGAGACGUACAGGAUGGGAGUCUUGGUUUGGGUGGACAAGAGAGAGGAGCUGACACAUUUCUGUGGCUGGCAAGGCCCCGGAAUUACCUGGAGGAUGGGAAGGGGCCCCAAGGUACCUCGCGGGGGAAAGUUUCCAGAGUUCCAUUGGCAGGGAGGGCCCCCGGAGGGUUGCGGGGUACCCGAGGGGCGGCGCGGCCCCGUGCGCGCCCCGUCCCACGCGGGCGCUCGGCGGGACCGCCCGGGGGCGGUGCG